AAACAGUGCUGAAGUUUGAUGCUUUUAACCAUUUCUCAAUAAAUAACUUUUUAUGAAAAUAAGGCAAAAAUUUGUUAAUAUAAUUAAAAGGAGUUCAUAAUAUUUAUAUUUCAUUUUGUGGUGUACACCAUAGACAUUUUAAAAUUCUUUAUGGUUCAUUGCAAAUCACGCUUGAAACUAGAAAAAUUUCCUUAGUACCUGUGUGUUGAAUGUACGUGUGUGUUCAGACAGUAACCAACAUAGGGGGACUGCGAGAGCAAAGGAUGAACAUGGGGCAGAAAGUCUCAGGGGGAAUCAAGACCAUCUCCAACACCAGAGAGCCAACAUACAAAGCUAUCAACCGUGAACCUGCGUACAAUCCUGAUUUUCAAAAACCCAGCAGGCUAGAUGCUUUGCUUGACAUGCCUCCGUCCUCACGUGAAGUUCAAAUCAAACAUGCGUGGAAUGCGGAUGACAGGUCCCUUAAUAUAUUUGUAAAAGACGAUGAUCAAAUGACUUUCCACAGACACCCAGUUGCUCAAAGCACAGACUGCAUCAGGGGCAGGUUCGGAUACACCAGAGGACUUCAUGUCUGGGAAAUAUUUUGGAGCACCCGUCAGCGGGGCACUCAUGCAGUUGUGGGUGUUGCCACAAGUGAUGCCCCUUUACAUUGUGUGGGGUAUCAAAGUUUGGUUGGGAGCAACAAAGACUCAUGGGGGUGGGACUUAGGGAGGAACAAACUAUACCAUGACAUGAAAAAUACGCCAGGAGUCACAUAUCCAACUUUGUUGAAUGCUGAUGAAAAUUUUGUGGUACCGGACAGUUUUCUAGUCGUUUUAGAUAUGGAUGAAGGAACACUGAGUUUUGUGGUAGAUGGACAGUAUUUAGGUGUUGCCUUCAGAGGCCUCAAAGGGAAGAAGUUGUACCCAAUUGUGAGUGCUGUUUGGGGUCACUGUGAAAUUACAAUGAAAUACAUUGGUGGUCUUGACCCUGAACCUCUACCGCUAAUGGAUAUAUGUCGGAGGACAAUACGAGCCCAGUUGGGAAAACACAGACUUCAAGAAACACACUCCCUUCCUAUCCCCACAUCUCUUAAACAGUAUCUUUUGUACCAGUCAUAGCAUCUAGUGAAUAUGCACACUAUCAUCAUUACAUUUCUUUGCCCUAAACAGGCAUCAUCAGUCCUACAUAGUCCUACCUUGAUCAUAUUUUCUUGUUAUUAUUGUUGUUAUUUAUUUAUUAGUUGUUGUAACGGCACAUUGCCAGCAUUGUCACACUAAAUGUUGCCAUCAUCUCCAUGAUUGUUUACAUUCAUCAACAGUACAGUUGUGACAUUGUAUAUUUAAAACUGAUGUUUUAAAAAAUCUCUAAAGUUUUUAAAAGAAACUACCCUGUAGUCAAGUUUUUAAAUGUGUCCACAUAUCUGGAAAGUCAGUUGAAAGGAUCAUUGUAAUACAAAUAAGUUUUAAUUUAUCUGUAGAAGUUUAUAUGUUGUUUGUGUGAUUUGUAAUCAUAGCAAAUUUAAAACAAAAUUGCUAAUUUAUCAAAAUGUAUCUUUUAUAAUAAUUAAUAAUAAGAUUAUAAUUGAAGUUUUUUUUUCUAGUUUAAUUUUUUCAACAUUUUUAUUAGACAAUUUUUUUUUUCCUUGUAUUGAUGUAGGUUAAUUUACAAGUUAACUUUUUUGAGAUCUCUUUUUUUUAAUGCUGAACUAAAAACAGAAUUCCCUGACACAAGUAAUUAGCUUUCUUUAAAAUCUCUACACAAUACACAGUGAAAACCUUACAUUGCUCAGUAUUUUAUUGCUUAUCAUUAAAUUUGUGUUCAUUUGUUUGCUAUUUAACCAAAAGUGCAAUGCUUACAGUUAAAUGGUGUUUGAAGUUUAAAUGGUGUCAUUACAUUUCUGAAUAAUGCAUCACUGUUGCAGGUGUCUACAUCUUACACAUCACAUUGACUUGGUUACAAUUGGCCUACUGCAACAUUUAAAUAUCACUUUUUAAAGAUCUGUCUCAACACUUUAAAAUUUUUGUUCUUGUGUAUAUUUCAUUUCCCAAAAUAAGCGUGAUUUUAAACUUGCAUUGAGUGCAGCAGAAAUUUUAAAAAAAGAAUACAAAACUUGUUUAUUUUUUGUGGUGGUAAAGUAACUCAAUUGUAACCAUACAUGUAUCCAAAUGAUCCAAAUUUAUGUACAUACCUUUGAUCUCUGGCAGGGAGAAUUGAUAUUCAUGACUUUCCAUUCUAUGGGGAAAAUUAUUUUAAUUUAAAAUAACAAAAGCUGCUGUAGAUGUAGAUUUUUAAAAUGUACUAUUACUCAUGACAACUAUCAUCAUAUAGCAGAUUAAUGUUGACACCUAGCUCUAGACUUGCGCUCCACAAACAAUCACACUAAUCUAGAUUAAAUAUGAUGCUUUAAAAGUAUAUUUUUUCUGAAAGUAAGCAGUGCCCAUGUCAAAACUUGUUUUUGUUUGAAGAAGGUUUGAAUAUUUGUUUUGAUGAAGUAUGAAAGAGAGAAACAAUGUUUUUGUGAUUGCAGUUGUAAUAAGUAAUAUACUUAAAUGGUGUUUGGAGUAUAAUCACGAAAAGAAAAGGAAAAAUCAGUUUUAACUAGGUAAAGUAUUUG